ACAUAUUCAAAGCUCAUCAAAAUCGGAGUGUAACAGUUGGGUAGGUUUGCUUGUCAGUUUUAACUAGUUACAACCGUUUCCACCGGGUGCAAUUUGCUGCCACUCCACUAGAACUUGUGGAUCGCAUUGAGAAUAAACUGAGCUCAAUCCGACAAGUUUCCAUCGACUUCAAUUUGGUUCUACACCGGAUUGGAUACGGAUUAAUGUCUCGGUGGAAACUAGACCAUUGUAAGAUAACGUUUUCGGAACUCACAGAUUCAUUGGUUCUGGUGCAUUACGAGAUUUUGAUCAAGCGGAUCGUGCGAAGUACUUACAAUUUGUUACUAGUACGUCCAAAGUGCCGUUACAAGAUUUCGCCGCGUUAGAAUGGCAUACAAAAAUUCCAAAUUCAAAGAAGGAAGUUUCAAUUCACUGUAUCUGCCAGUGCACGAAAUAUAUGAUAAAUUCCCUACAAAUCUAUUCAAGGCGAUUCAUGAAUGCAGCGAAGGGUUUGGGAUUUGGAUUUGCGUAAGCUUGUUGGAGCGCUAUUGUCGUAUUGUGUAGCAGAUUAUCAUACAUGUGUUGUCCUGCCUGUUCAGAGUAAACGUUACAAGAAUUUGCUCGUGUAUAAUUACGCGUUCAUACGUGUGAUUAUAAUUGAAUAUAAUUGCCAGAUGACAGGCAUAAAAUGUAAAAAUAUCUAGAGUCGGAACACGCCAAAUCUACCAUAUUGAUAUGCCUUGACACAAGUUCAUGUGUUAAUUAUGGUAUAUAUAGUAUGUGUGCGAUUUUUGAAACCACCAUAGCGGUAUCCCCACAAAAGUGUCAUUUCCACCAUUUCAGAAUUCCUCACCCAGGUGCAUCCAAAUAUCAAUAUUUGGGCAUCAUGAUAUGCUACGAAAGCAUUUUAUUAUCCGGGUCGUUUUAUUUUUGUUUACCGAAUGUUAAAGAGAGACAGAAUGAUGUUUGCGAAACAGGCUACGAAACAGGCUACAAAAAGGGGCACAUUAGGGAAACCCGAACCACGGUCUUGUAUACAGGUCAGGGCACUCAUAUACUAUUUUCAUAUAAUCUGUGUGAGCGAAGUGACGCCAAUAUGGCGACCAUAAUAGGCCGACGCGCAAGCGCAGUUGACAUGUUUUGACAGACAGCAUCGUGCCGUAUAUUUGUGGCUGUUUAGCACACGGUCUCUUCGUAUAAAAAGAAAAUAUGCCUAACAAAUGUAUAGUACCUGGUUGUAAUACAGAUUAUGCUACUUGCAAAAUAAAAUUAUCAGUGUUUUCUGCACCAAAAGAUGAUGAACGAAGAAAAGAGUGGGAGGAAAAGCUUCAAUUAAUAAAGCCAUUGUUGGCAAAACAUUUUGUGUGUGAAAAACACUUCCGCACAGAAGAUAUAAUAAAAAGCUACAAACACAAGGAUGAAAAAAGCAAUGUGCUUCUCGAGAUUCCGAAUAAACGAGCUCAACUGGUAAAGGACGCAGUACCAAUAGCAAUAUCGCCGCAACAUAUAGGCAAUAAAGAAAACUUGCAGGAAAAUGAAAAUAUUACAGAUGAACAGCUUAACAUAGUUCCAAUAUCACAACCUUUGAUAGAAGUAUCACAGAAUUUGAUAGAAGAUACUAAAAAGUACCAGAGGCGCGAAACUGUUAUUGAACAUAAUAAUUUGUUUACGGAACUACUGAAUAAUCCAUCUGUGAUAAAAAUACCGACAAAUUGGUAUUGUACAUCAUCCAAAAAACAAAUUGUACUUUUCGAGAUUUAUCUGCAAAAUUAUGAUAAUAUAUCCAUAUAUCCUACUACACGAAGAAGCUUGACCAUUGAUCACAACAUGAAAACUUUUUACUUGAUAAGUGGCAAACGUGUAAAUCUGUCAGUGUUCUCAUUUUCUAAUAAAUUUGAAAACUUAGAAAAUAUUAAUGACACAGUUAAAAAAUUUGCAAGCUUAAAUAUUUGUUGCGGUAUUUCUAUGAAUGAUGAUGUAAAUUUAGUGAAAGGAAAUAUUGGGUACACCAAUAAUUCAUUUGAGUUGCGACAUAAUAGAAGUCCAAUCAUUACGGAUGGAAGACAAUGUGAAGCCUGCAAGAGCGUGAAAAAAUGUAUUUUACGAAAAAAACAACGAAUCCGAAAGCGUUCACAGAUUUGCAACAAAAAAACAACGAUCGAACAUCAAACAUUAUCAUUAUCAUCUCUAUGGAAAAAAAAGUUUCAUCGCCAACAGUGUGCCUUAAAACGUUCAAAAAUACGACUUGAGACUUUGAAAAAAUUAGUUCUCUCUCAACAGGCAAAAAUAAAUAAGCUUAAAGAGGAAGAUGUAAUCCAAAAAUGUGAGGUAUUAGAUAUGCCAGAAAUACAAAAAACGUGCAUAAAGGAAAUUAUGGCUGCAGCUCGACUAACAAAUUCGAAAGGGCGUCGAUACACAAACGACUGGAUUAUGCUCUGCAUUCUUAUGCAUAUUCGGUCACCGAGUGCGUAUGAAUUUAAAAAAAAAAAUGAUAUUUUACCAUUGCCCUGCGUCAGAACUAUAAGGCGUUAUUUGUCUACAGUAAAUAUAAAAUGUGGAUUUGAUAAACACUUUUGUGAGAUUUUUAAGAAAUUCAUUGAAAAAAAAACGUCACUACAGAAACACGGACUUUUAUUAAUCGACGAAAUCUCAUUGCGGGAAUCUAUUUCCGUAAACUCAUCAAACUUAACAUAUAAAGGACUUGUCGAUUUUUGUGAAGAUGGCAAGAAAGCUAAAUGUUUAGACGAAAAAGCAACAAGCGGUUUAGUCUUAAUGUUUCAACCGCUUGCCGAUAAGUACACGCAGCCAAUCGCAGUAUUUGCUUCUCGUGGUCCUGUCAAAGGAGUAGAACUAGCUAAAUUGGUUAUUCAAGCGAUCAUUUUCCUCGAAAAUGCUGGUGUCUUAGUUCAUGGAAUUAUAUCUGAUGGUGCGGAAACUAAUAGAAAAAUGUGAAGCGAGUUAGGAGUGUGUGGAAAAAUGGAUAAUUUA